CGAUAUUUUACAAACAAUUGAUAUUUUGGUGCAAUUUAGUAAGUUCGUUCUUUGUUAUAAAUUGUACCAUUUGUUUUUAUCAUUGUUUUUAUCGACUCACUUUUUUCUGUGACAUUCGCAUUAUAUUUGUGUAAUUUUUGAUCUUUACAAAUAUGUCUUUAAGUAACGAUACAGUAGAACUUUCACAAACGCCGUCCGUGAGGUCCAUUAAUGUAACUAUUCCUCCUUUUAAAGUCACAGAUCCUCAACUUUGGUUUACCAGGCUUGAACAUUACUUUGUAGCUAAUCGUGUUCAUACACAGCGAGAUAAAUUUGGCCACGCGAGCUCGCUACUUCCAGAUGAAGUAGCAGAUAAUGUACGAGAGAUUUUAAUCAAUCCAGACAUAGAAAAGCCAUACGACGCAUUAAAACAGGCAGUGAUUAAAGCCGUCUCAUUAAGCGACCGGCAAGCCAUCGAACAACUUCUCAGUCAAGUGCAGAUAGGAGAUAGGACUCCAUCG